AUUCGACUGUUUCACUACCGUACAUAGUGCUCCCUGUUUGAAUGAGGAACUAAAAAGAAAAGAGGCUAAGAACGCAAAUGGUCAAUAUUGUAAUCAUAUGUUAGUCUUUCAUUUAAUUCAAACGCAUAAGUUUUGUGGUGCACGGUGAAAGGCUGAUCAGGAGCAUACACAGAAUAUAAUUCGGUAUAUUCCUAUACCCCGUAAAUGCAACAGUGACCACAAGACAAGUAUGGCGACGUGCAUCGGCAUGGUUGCAAGAAUUGGAGGCGCCGCGUUGACUGUGUUCAAGCCGGUCGCUAGACAGUGUUCAAGGCAGAGGACAAGCGUGUUCGUCCCGCACCGCUUCGCGCAUGGAGCCCGGAGCAGUUUGUACGAGCAUGUCCGUGAAGGCUACAGUGACAAGCCCGAGCUGGACAUGAGAGCAGUGUGUGAGGAGACCGACAAAGUCAUAGCUAAUGUGGAGAGCAGGAAGGGCGACCUGCGAGCGGACGAUGUCGGGAAGAUUGUCAGUGUGUGGCAGGAGCUCCAGGCAGUGAGGACGGAAAUCUCCGAGCUGGAGAAGCAGAAGAGACACAUCAGUGACACAGUCAGAGCACUAGUGACCAGGAAUGACAAGAAAGCUCUCGCCAAUCUUCCAGAGUACACCAGUGCUCUGCAGAGGGGUCGAGAGAUCCGCAGCAGGCUGAAUCAACUCUACCCCAAAGAGACUGAGCUAGAUCAGGAACACUACGGCCGAGCACUCAGAUUGCCCAACACCACACACCCUGAUGUGCCAGUUGGAGAUGAGAGUCAGGCGAGGGUGGUGGAGCUGGUCGGACAGAAACCAGAGUUUGACUUCAAGCCCAGAGGCCAUGUAGAGCUGGGGGAGGACUUGGGUCUUAUCAGGCAGAGGCAUCUGUCUCACGUCUCAGGCCACAGGUCCUACUAUCUGAGAGGAGCAGGGGCCAGACUUCAGACCGCACUCCAAAACUUCGCGCUCCACACUCUGCAGCAACGGGGCUUCAUUCCCAUGGUUGUACCUGACAUGCUGAAGGGGGCAGUGUUUGAGGGCUGCGGGAUGCAGCCCAAUGCCCAUCGCUCUCAAGUCUACUCCCUGGACCCGGCUCGCUUCCCGGACCUCAGCCUGGCUGGGACUGGAGAGGUUGGGGUGGCAGGCUAUUUCAUGGAUCAUGCAGUAAACUGGAAGGACCUGCCUGUCAGGACAGUGUGCAGCAGCACCUGCUACAGAGCAGAGACAGACACUGGCAGGGAGACAUGGGGCCUCUACAGAGUUCAUCACUUCAACAAGGUAGAGAUGUUUGGAGUGACAGCAGAUGAGACAGGACAAGAGAGCUCUCAGCUGCUGGAGGAGUUUGUGUCUUUGCAGAAAGAGAUGUUCUCUGCCCUGGAGUUACACUACAGAGUGCUGGACAUGCCGACGCAGGAACUGGGUCCUCCUGCUCACAGGAAGUAUGACAUUGAAGCCUGGAUGCCAGGGAGGAACAGCUAUGGAGAGAUUUCCAGUGGGUCCAACUGUACAGACUACCAGAGCAGACGCCUCAACAUCCUAUAUGAGAGAGAGGACGGCAGCCUGCAGUACGCCCACACGGUGAAUGCUACAGCAUGUGCCAUCCCCCGAACAAUCAUUGCUAUCAUGGAGACUCACCAGACCAAAGAGGGAACAGUGCGUGUCCCCCAAGCCCUGCAGCCGUAUUUAGGUCUAGAAGUGAUCGAAAGGCCAAAGUACACUCCACUGAAAUACAUCGGACCCAACCAGCACAGUCGACCACCCAGGCCUGCUCCUAAGACUAGAUGACGCUAAUGCAAGUGUAGUGCUCUGACGCCAGCCAUCGUCCACAAACACCUGAGGUGGGAGUCAAGUCACAUUCAACACCACCACGUCAGACAGAAAGUCGAGGCACGAGGAUUUUUGAAUAUUUUGGCGUCCAUCCACUUCCAAGUUGUUAAUGAUCUCUGCUGUGUUUCAGAUGCAGUGAAAUACAGUCGGACUUUUGAGUUGAGCGUGAAUUGAGGCAGUGGAUCAGACCUCAACCCAGCAGUUUACUGUCACUGUAAAUAUAUUUAUGUCUUAUUUUGUCGAAUGCCAUGAAAUUGGGAAUGGAAGCCUGGAUGUCUGUUGUCCACAUAAUUAGAAGCAAAAUAAUAUGGAAAAAUCAUUAAAAACAAGCGUUUAA